AUGGAGGUGGUCCAGGAUGUGUACACGUCGUUCUGCGCCGGCAUCCAGGACGCGAUCUCGCUGCAUCGAAUCACAACGCUCUUCUGGAACUCGCCCAUCAUUCGAAAGUGCUCGGCCAAGUGCUUGGGUCUCAAUGGGCUCCUCUUCCUCGGCAGUAUCUUCUUCUUCGAGUUCGUGGUCCUGCCUGUGAUUCACUUGUUUGGUGACGUGCUCUCGGCGUCACUCUCGCAACACGCGACGGACAUUGCGUCCGACUACUACCGCGAGUGGAUCGACUCGGUCGUCUUUGUCCUCUACCAGGGCUUGUGGAUGUACCCGAUCUACUGCAUUAGCUUCAUCCUCAACACGAUUUGGUACCAAGACAUUGCCGACGAUGGUGGUACUCUCCUCGAUGCCGAAAUGCUCAUGCUUUCGAUAGCCUACCUCUUGCAUCAUGGUCAACCACGGCCGACCGCCGUGCGGGAAAUGAUCCGCGACGAGCUCUACCGAGCGAUCCUCGUCGCGUUCUUUCUUGGCCAAACGAUGCUGAGCUACUUUGUGCCUGUCGUGGGUCCGUUCUUGAGCUUCGUCUACCUCAGCUGGCUCUACGCACUCUACUGCUUCGAGUACAAGUGGUCGCUGCACGGCUGGGGUCUCGAGAAGCGCCUCGCCAUCAUGGAGCAGCACUGGGCGUACUUUGCUGGGUUUGGCUGCCCGUUUACACUCGCGACGUUUUUCGCACCCAACUUCAUCAGCAAAGGCCUCUUCGCCGUCUUCUUCCCCGUCUUUUUGCUGUUGGCCAUCACAUCGGAUCCGCCGACGGGCGAAUCGGUCGGCUCGAUCAAGCUGCCGCUCUUCCGGCAAUCACGCUGGCUCAGCCUUCAGCUUCUGCGCCGUGUGAGCCUCUUGUCCGGAAUCAAGCAAACCAAGCGCCCGACGCCCAAGCACUAA